AUGUUUUCACGAGCUUUGAGACCGACAACUCUCGUGCCCAAGGCGGCCAGCGCCUUUUCGAGUGCCUCUGUGCGAGUCCGUUCCCUCGCCACGGUGUCAAACAAUACACCACGACAGCAACAGCUCCGGCUACACAAGCAGUACCGACCCACCACUCCCCCCCUCGAAAGAGCUACGUUAACCAUUCGAAACGGUCCAAUUUUUCAUGGAACGUCUUUCGGUGCUCGAAGCAACAUUUCUGGCGAGGCCGUUUUCACAACUUCACUGGUUGGAUAUCCUGAGUCACUCACAGACCCCUCAUACCGUGGCCAAAUCUUGGUUUUCACUCAACCCCUCAUUGGAAACUAUGGGGUCCCCUCGAAUGUUCGAGAUGAGCAUGGCCUUUUGAAAUAUUUUGAGAGUCCCAAUAUUCAGGCUGUGGGAGUGGUUGUCGCCGAUGUUGCCGAGAAAUACUCCCAUUGGACUGCGGUAGAAAGCUUGAGCGAAUGGUGUGCCAGAGAAGGUGUUCCCGCCAUCACCGGUGUUGACACUCGAGCCAUUGUCACCUAUUUGCGAGAACGAGGUUCCAGUCUGGCCCGAAUCACCAUUGGAGAGGAGUAUGACCAAGACGAGGACGAGGCAUUCGUUGAUCCCGAGCAAAUCAAUCUUGUGCGAAAGGUCAGCACCAAGGCACCAUUCCAUGUCAGUGCUGCCUCCCCAAGCGCCCAUGUUGCUGUCAUAGACUGCGGCGUCAAGGAAAACAUCCUUCGCAGCCUUGUCAGUCGAGGUGCUAGCAUCACUUGCUUCCCAUUUGACUAUCCAAUCCACAAGGUCGCUCACCACUUUGACGGAGUCUUCAUUUCCAACGGUCCCGGUGACCCAACCCACUGCCAGGACUCUGUCUACCAUCUCCGCAAGUUGAUGGAGACUUCUCAAAUCCCCAUCUUUGGUAUCUGUCUUGGCCAUCAGCUGUUGGCCCUCGCGGCUGGAGCCAGAACGGUCAAGCUCAAGUAUGGCAACCGAGCACACAACAUUCCAGCUCUCGACCUCACCACCGGAAAGUGCCAUAUCACUAGCCAGAACCACGGCUAUGCCGUUGACGCUUCAACCUUGCCCAAGGAUUGGAAGCCGUAUUUCGUCAACUUAAAUGAUAACUCCAACGAAGGUCUGAUCCAUGAAUCUCGACCCAUCUUCUCUACGCAGUUCCAUCCUGAGGCCAAGGGAGGCCCUCUCGAUUCUUCCUAUUUGUUCGACAUGUACCUGGAUAAUGUUCAGAAGUAUAGACAGAGUCAAUCGGCUUUCCAACCUCAUCGGGACAGCAAGCCAAGUCCCUUGCUGGUGGAUUUGUUGGCCAAGGAGCGCGUUGGUGUUGACCUGACUCAGGGCAUCCGAAACAUGAUGACUGCGAAUAACCAGGAACCCGAGCGAGUUUACGCUGCCGGUGCUGCGUAA